GUCUGUAGCACGUUUAUGUAGUCUGAUAUCAGCGUUAAUGUUCUUUAACGUUACUUUUCCUGCUGUGAACUCAUGCCAUGGUUACUUUACACUCUCCCCUGUGUGUAGAAAUGGGUGAAGACGGACAAAAAUCGUGCUCAUUUCCAGUUACACUAGCUGGAACGGACUUUCGUGCCCGUGUGCAACAGUUUAUGGAGGAAAGGAUGCAGACCACAAUGCUGACAGGUGUGUUGAUGGGGGCCGUUGUGGCAGUGUGCCUUAUAGGCAUCUCCGUGCUCUUCCUCUACCGUAGAUACAAGUUAGCGAGUCAGCAGACGGGGACGCCUCGCUACAGAUUCAGGAAAAGAGACAAAGUUCUUUUUUAUGGGAGAAAGAUCAUGAGAAAGGUCCAGACGCUAUCCUCCACACCCUCGUCUACAUCAGUCUCUAAACAUCGCCCCCGGAAAAGACCUAAAGUCUUGAGUAUAGCUCGAAGGAUAUUGCGGAUAAAGAAGGAGCCUCCGACCGUGCAGCACAAGGAACCUCCUCCCUCUUUGCUGGAGGCAGACCUUACAGAGUUCGACGUGCAGAACUCCAACUUGCCCUCUGAGGUGCUUUACAUGCUUAAGAAUGUCAGAGUGCUGGGUCACUUUGAGAAACCUCUGUUUCUGGAGCUUUGUCGGCACAUGGUGUUCAUUGAGCUGCAGGAGGGCGAGGGACUGUUCAAGCCGGGAGACAACGAUGACAGCAUCUACGUGGUGCAGGACGGGAGACUGGAGCUGUGCAUCCGUGAGAAUGAUGGAACAGAUCCAGUGGUGAAGGACGUGCUGCCCGGAGACAGUGUUCACAGCCUGCUCAGCAUUCUAGACAUCAUCACAGGCUAUCCUGCUCCGUAUAAGACCGUGUCUGCUCGAGCAGCAGCGCGCUCCACCAUCCUACGCCUGCCUGCCUCUGCCUUCGAGGCUGUGUUUGAGAAAUAUCCAGAGACGCUAGUCAGAGUUAUACAGAUCAUCAUGGUUCGGCUGCAGAGAGUGACCUUCCUUGCCUUGCAUAACUACCUGGGACUAACCACUGAACUCUUUAAUCCAGAAUCACAGGCUGUACCUCUGACCGCAGUCAACAGCGUGAUUGCUGAAGGAAGCCCCACCCGGGUCCCUCGCAGAACACACACUCACACACCGGUAGACGAAGAUUACAGCCAAGGACAUGCCGAUUCUACAGACUCGGAUGGAGGGAAAACCGCUUCAUCAGAGAAUUUGUCUGCAGUUAUUAGAAAACCUCGGUCUGUCUCAGCACCAGUGGACAGCACAGCAGGGAUAGCUGGUAAGGACCUGAACAUGGCAUAUGAACGAGCCAGAGUGACCAUGGAUGAUCCACUGCCAAGCCCUGUUCACUACAAGUCCAUUUUGAAGAAGUCUGUGACCAUGCUUCAAGCUCCAUCUGCCGUAUAUCACUACACGGAGGGUGGGGAACGCUCUGAUGUCCCGCCCAGUAAAGUGGGUGCCAUCUUCCAAGCAGCCAAGAAAGAUUUGUUGGGAAUUAUCCAGCUGCAGGACCCGAGUCUGUUGGAGGGCAGAGUCACUCUGCACCAGGUGAAGGCCGGCUCUGUGGUGGCGUGCCAAGGAGACCAGGAAGUGAGUGUGCAGUUCGUGAUUUCAGGCUUACUGCAUGUGUACCAGAGGAUGAUCGAUCGUGAGCAGGAAUCAUGUCUGUUUGUGACACACCCUGGAGAGCUGGUGGGUCAGCUGGCGGUGCUCACGGGGGAACCGCUCAUCUUCAGUGUGCGCGCUCAUCGUGACUGCACAUUCCUCUCCAUUUCCAAAACCCAUUUUUACGAAAUCAUGCGUGCAGAACCUGCAGUUGUGCUAAAUGUAGCUCACUCUGUAGUGCGCAGGAUGUCCCCAUUUGUCAGACAGAUUGACUUUGCGCUCGACUGGAUGGCUGUGGAAGCUGGCCGAGCAGUCUACAGACAAGGUGAUAAGUCUGAUAGUACCUUUAUAGUGCUGAGCGGACGUCUGCGCUCUGUCAUUUUGAAGGAAGAUGGGAAGAAGGAACUGACAGGAGAAUAUGGCAGAGGAGAUCUAAUCGGCGUGGUGGAGGCUUUAACGCAUCAGAACAGAGCCACUACAGUGCAUGCUGUGAGAGACUCAGAGCUGGCUAAACUGCCUGAGAGAGCACUCAGCUCCAUCAAGAGGAAAUUCCCUCAGGUGGUCACGCGACUCAUUCAUCUGCUCGGGCAGAAGAUCCUUCAGCAGGUUAAUGGUCCUUUAACAGCCCGUAGUCUUUCUCUGCACACCACGAGCAGUAAGUGGGACGCAGGCAAUCCUGUCUCGAACCUGUCCACUGUGGCCGUGCUGCCUGUGUCUGAGGAGGUUCCUCUGACCGCAUUCACCCUGGAGCUGCAGCACUCUCUCAUUGCCAUUGGUCCUACCCUUCUCCUGACCAGUGACAACAUCAAACAGCGACUGGGUUCUGCAGCAUUGGACAGUGUACACGAGUACAGGUUGUCGAGUUGGCUUGGACAGCAGGAGGACAUCCAUCGUAUUGUCCUCUACCAAACUGACGGCUCUCUAACACCCUGGACCCAACGUUGCAUUCGUCAGGCCGACUGCAUCAUCAUUGUUGGUCUUGGAGAGCAGGACCCAGCAGUGGGGGAGCUGGAGCGGAUGCUUGAAGGAAGUGCGGUGAGGGCUCAGAAACAGCUGGUUUUGCUGCACCGAGAGGACGGGCCUCCACCCACUGGAACUGCCGAGUGGCUCAACAUGCGCAGUUGGAUCUCCAGACACCUGCAUCUCUCCUGUCCCCGUAGGGUCUUCUCUAAGAGGAGCCUACCCAAACUGAGAGAGAUGUACCAGCGUGUGUUCCAAAAGCCUGCAGAUCGCCACUCUGAUUUCUCUCGUCUAGCACGAGUCCUAACCGGCAAUGCCAUCGCUUUGGUGCUGGGGGGUGGAGGAGCCAGGGGCUGCUCUCAAGUGGGUGUCUUGCGAGCGCUUCAUGAGGCUGGGAUCCCUGUAGACCUAGUGGGAGGCACCUCCAUCGGUUCCAUGAUGGGAGCUCUGUAUGCCGAGGAGCGCAGCUACAGCAGAAUGAGGAUCCGAGCCAGGGAGUGGGCUGUGGAGAUGACAUCAGUGUUCAAAAAGAUUUUGGAUCUUACCUAUCCCAUCACCUCCAUGUUCUCUGGAGCAGCCUUUAACUCCAGCAUCAAUGCUGUGUUCAAAAAUAAGCAAAUUGAGGAUCUGUGGAUCCCUUAUUUCAACAUUACCACCGACAUCACUGCUUCUGCCAUGAGAGUGCACACCGACGGCUCUCUGUGGAGAUAUGUUCGUGCGAGCAUGUCUUUGUCUGGUUAUCUUCCUCCACUGUGUGACCCCAAGGAUGGACACCUUUUAAUGGAUGGAGGUUAUAUUAACAACCUGCCAGCGGACGUGGCACGGUCCAUGGGCGCUAAAGUUGUGAUAGCCAUUGAUGUGGGCAGCCAAGACGAAACCAAUCUAACCAACUAUGGAGAUGCCCUGUCUGGCUGGUGGCUGCUAUGGAAACGGCUCAACCCUCUGGCAGAGAAAGUCAAAGUGUUGAACAUGGCCGAGAUCCAGACUCGGCUGGCGUACGUGUGCUGUGUGAGGCAGCUGGAAUCUGUCAAGAACAGUGAUUACUGUGAAUAUAUCAGACCUCCCAUCAACCGAUAUCGCACUCUGGAGUUCGGCAAGUUUGAUGAAAUUGCUGAGGUGGGCUACCAGCAUGGGAAGACCGUGUUCGACGUGUGGAGCAGGAGCGGAGUGGUGGAGAAGAUGCUUAAGGACAGGCGUCAAGAAGAGUUCCACAACACCCACAGCAACAAUAUGGUGACCUGUCCAAAUGCCUCCUUCACUGACUUGGCAGAGAUCGUCUCCCGCAUUGAGCCUGUCAAACCAGCACUUAUGGAUGAGGAGUCAGACUACCACACUGAUUAUGAGGAGGAGCUGGUGGGAAGUGCACUGUCGGACACUAACUACUGCAGUGAACACACAGAGGAGGAGCUGACUGCUGAUACCGAUGAAGAGUUGGAAAGACAUCACAAUCAUCUUAAUUCAAAAGACAUCAGUGGAAACUGCUCUGCUCAGCUGCAGCAAACAACAAGCCUUAAUAACUCUCCAACUGUAAGAGCCAGAAAGGUGCAAGAAGAGCAACCAGUCAACCAGGACUUGUGACCUCUUUCGGUUGGCUAAGGACCAACACUAACAUUCCAGAUCAGGCAGCACUGCUUAAGACACAAAUAGUUUUUCAAUUGAAAUGUUGAAAUGUCCUUUUUUGGUUGUAAUUUGUUAUCUUUAGUAGAACGUAUUACUUGUUGGGAUGUUUGGGUAAAAAUGCUUUGAAACUCUGAAGAGCAUGGUCAGAUUGAAUAUUUAAUUAGGAUCACAACCACUUGCACCUUGUGCCAUGUCCAUUCCAGAAGUAGUAGAAGUCUAGAAGGAGAUUUGUGUAACCGAAACACUUUUUCCUAUCACUGUGAAUCAUUUCAAAGC